AUGGCUAUACAUGAAACAUACGUCAUCUUUACGCUGUUGCUGAUCUUUGUAAUAAAAUGCUCCUCUGAACUCGUUGACCCUCGACCCUGUCCUGCUAAACCGCCUUGCAGUUGUGACUUUAACACAGUGGAAUGUCAUAAUCUCACUCAAACAGAGUUUCCAACCUUUACCAGGGUUAAUUCAACAUGGCACUGCUGGCGACUUCAUCUGAAUUACAACUACAAUAUCAAAAGCAUCCCGGCUGGAGCUUUCAGUAAUCUUCCAAUCUGUUCCCUUCAAAUUGGCCACAAUGCACUUGAAGUUAUAGAGGAUUGGGCGUUGAAUGGAUCGGAACCGUAUCUUGAUUUCGUUUUUAUGCAGUUCAAUAACUUCACAGAACUUCCGAGUGAAAUUGCACGAAUGCCAAACAUCACCAUGCUUAGUAUCCAUGACAACCCUAUCAAGGACCUUCCACAGAAAAUGGCAUUUGCUUCCAAGCUCCAAUUUCUCGAUAUCGGAUCACCGGAAAUGACGACAUGGCCGAGCUCAAUACGAACUCUAAAAUCCGUUUGGAGCUUGACCCUUUAUAAGUUACCGAUGACCGAUCUACCUUUUGAUGCGUUUGAAGGGCUAGAAGACUCGAAAAUAUCUGUGACAUGCUAUACAGCGAAAUUCAAGGGUAUUCCGAAAGCAAUGAGAAGACUUCAGAAAAUGACAGGCCUAUUAAUCGCUGAUGAUGUUGAACUUUCAUCUGCAGGUAUACCUGAGGAUGCUUUCAAUGGUAUAGAAUCACUAACAGAAAUUACUAUAUCCAACAGCAGUAUAACGACCGUAUUCAAUAUGUCCGCUAUUCCUACACUUACCCAAUUAUCAAUUAGCAACUCACCGCUGUCGACAUGGGAUGUAUCUACAUUACCAGAACAGCCACUGCUGCAGUCUGUAGGAUUCAGUAACACAAAUAUAGAUCGUAUCCCAGCCGCUGUGCGACGUAUUAAUCGUCUCUAUACAUUAGCCUUGGAUAAUACCAAAAUUUCCAGUAUUGGGCCAGGCGACUUGGCAGGGCUACAGAAAUUACAGGAAUUGAAUUUUAGGCAAACUCCAUUAACCAAUAUAUCCAUGGACGCAUUUAAUGAUAUGUACAGUCUUAUGAGUCUAAAUUUAGAUUUUACAAACCUAUCAGGAUUCCCUAGAGCUAUCGAACGACUUCCGGCUCUGCGAUUUUUGAGUUUACAAAACAUUACUAUUGACUGUUCAUGUGCAGAACUUGGAUGGAUGAAGAAAUGGAUUGGUUAUAAGCAGUUGCGUGCUAGUGAUGGAGAGUGUCACAACAUCCGAAUGGAUUUGUUCGAGUAUAUUCGUAAUGAGGUGCCGAAGUGUCCCUGA